GGCAAUGUUUUCCUUAUCGCCAUUGGAUUUCCUCCCCGCCGAUCCAAGUCGCUGCUCGCUGGCCCACAGCGGCGCACACUUCCUGCAGAUUGUCCCCACACUCGCAAGUCUCCAGGAGGACGGCAGACAAGAUGAGGAGCGGGGACCUCAGGGAGGGAAGGCCAGGCUUGCAUUUUCUCCACGCCGUGAGCAGAAGGCGCCGCCUGGAGGUCGGUGUGGCUUGCACUUUUCUCCACCUGGUCCAGCCUCCUUGUUGGAUAGAGUCCACUUGUUGAGGAGCUGAUGGAAGUGGCCCUGGAGGACUGGACUGACGCACUACAGCAUGAACUGGAAACUCUUGAAGACUCCAACAUGGACGCUGCUUUUUGUCUCCUAAGUUAGUAGAUAGGUUUUUCUCUGCAAGGAUGCGCUCCCCAGAACCGUCCUCCUUCCACUUAUCAGAAGCCCUUGUCUCCUAAGUUAGUAGAUAGGUUUUUGUCUGCAAGGAUGCGCUCCCCAGAACCGUCCUCCUUCCCCUUAUCAGAAGCCCUCCUUCACGGCCAGUUUGCCAGCUGGGGAGGCGGCAGCGGCAACAGCUGCCCCAACAGCCCCGGGACCCCUGGGGGACAGGCCCCCGCCGCCCCUCCGCCCGCAGUCCCGGCCUCCAGCUACGCCCUGACCCUCACCCACGUCCACGUCCACAUCCAGCGCCUGUCGCCGCGAGCGGGCAAGGAGGCUCGCCUCCUGCUGCCCCUGGCGGAGCUGGUGGGCUGCAGCUGCCCCCGGGCCCCCGCACCCCCUCUCCUGGUCCUCUAUUGGUACCCGCCGGGGAAGAGACGCAAAGGGGUGUCGCGGCGCAGGCAGGUGAGGGCCUACCUGGCCGAGAGCCGGGCCGAAGCGGAGAAAUGGUCGGCGGCGGUGCAGUGCUUACUUGCAGGUGUGGCGGUCACCUCUGAAACAGAAUUUUCCAGAAGCCUCCUACCACGCCCCAGGCGACUGCUGCUGCUGGUCAACCCCUUCAGCGGCAGAGGACAGGCCAUGCAGUGGUGUCAUACACACAUCCUGCCCAUGAUCAGGGAGGCCAACAUCAGCUACAACCUGAUACAGACAGAGCGUCAGAACCAUGCUCGAGAGCUGAUCAGGGAGAUAUCUUUGCCAGAGUGGGACGGUGUGGUCAUCAUUUCUGGAGAUGGACUCCUGCACGAGGUGAUCAACGGGCUGAUGGAGCGUGCUGACUGGGAACAAGCCAUAAAAACACCUGUUGGCAUUCUUCCCUGUGGCUCUGGCAACGCGCUGGCUGGUGCCAUCAACCACAAUGCGGGGUACGACAUGUGCCUGCGGGAGCCUCUGCUGCUGAACUGCUGCUUCCUGCUGUGUCGUGGCGGCGUGCGGCCCAUGGACCUGGUCUCCGUGACGACCAGCCCCCCCUCCUCCUCCUCGCCCUCCUCCAACAACAAUAACAACAUCAGGGCCGCAGCGCCCAGGAGGGUCUUCUCUUUCUUGUCCGUGGCCUGGGGCUUCGUGUCGGACGUGGACAUUGAAAGUGAGAGGUACCGCGGCCUGGGCUCUGCUCGUUUCACUCUGGGGACCCUGGUGCGAAUCGCCUCCCUGCGCUCCUACAAGGGUCGUCUGUCCUACCUCCCCCCCGCCACCGUGGCAUCCUCUCCCGACGCCACGCCCCCGCCGCCGAGGAGGCCCCUGUCGCGCAGCAUCACCGAAGGCCUGGAGGGCUUCUGCAAAACUCCCAUCCACCGCACCAGCUCCGACAUGGGCAUCAGCGAACAGAGGAGUCUGCGGCGGGGCGAAGGAGAGCGGGAGAAGGAAGAGCGGCAGCGAGAGCGAGAGCGGCGGCGGGAGCGAGCCCGGGGAGGCGGCACGGGCGUGGUGAGGGCCAGCAGCCUCAUGGAGGACCGGGAGAAGGAGACGGAGAUGGAAGAGGAGAGGCUGAGAGGGGAACGCAACAUGGCUGCCGGGGACGGAGCCUUGGCACAGAUCGAAGAUGAGGAGGGAGGAGCAGAGAUGGGGGAGGGACUGGUGCCCGCUGAAGAGACUGAUGGCGAGCCAGAAUGUUGCUACACCUACCAAGACGGAGCCCGUGACGCCAAGCCAACACUCAGAAAGAACUCGGCUCCUUCGAGCCAGAUCGCCGACACACUGUUCAGUCAGCCGCUCGCACAGGAAGCCGACGCCGGCGCCUCCUACGGGGCUGAGCACAUGGACCUGAACGGGAGCUACGCAUACCCUCUGGACGGGACCCGCGAGCGAGCCCUCACCAUCUCCUCCCCCUUCCGUCACUCCCCUUUCUCCUACAAGCCGAGAACUGUGGAUCACAACAAGAACUCCUCUCGGCCACGCCCCCUCUCGCUCAUGCAGCACUCCCACUCCAACUCCCUCCCCCCAAAACUCCCUUCCCUCUCCCUCUCCCUUUCGCCCACGCCGCCGUCGUCGCCUUCCUGCGCGUCCCCGCGCUCCUCGUCCUACCUCGCCCCGCGCCCGAACACGCCGGGGUCCGCCUCGCCGUCGCCCUCGCUGCGCAUGCAGUCCUCGACGUUCAACUUCGACAUGGCCGAGCCGAACGGCCCUUUCAAAAACCGUCCUUACGUGCCGCUGCCUCCCAACCUGCCCAGGGAUGAGCUGCUGCCCCCGCUUGACCAGCCUCUUCCCACACGGGACUGGGUCACAAUCGAGGGGGACUUUGUCCUGGUCCUGGCCCUCUAUCAGAGCCACCUGGGAGCCGACCUCCACGCCGCGCCCCAGGCCCGCUUUGACGACGGACUGAUCCACCUGACCUUUGUGCGGGCGGGCAUAUCCAGAGCCACUUUACUCCGACUGUUCUUCGCCAUGGAGCGAGGAACCCACCACUCUGUCAGCUCGCCGUACGUGAGCCACAUCAGCUGUCGGGCCUUCAGGCUGCAACCCUUGUCCACGCGAGGGACCCUGACUGUGGAUGGAGAACUGGUGCCUUACGGGCCGCUGCAGGCGCAGGUUCACCCUUCCUUGGCCCGCCUCAUCGUGGGCGACUCUGGCGUGCAGAUCACCAGGUUCUGACUAUCAGCUGGGGAAGAAGUUCUGACUGACAGCUGGGUAAGAAGUUCUAACUGUCAGCUGGGGAAGAAGUUCUGACUGUCAGUUGUGGAAGAAGGGAAGUUCUGACUGUCAGCUGGGGAAGAAGUUCUGACUGUCAGCUGGGGAACAAGGGAAGUUCUGACUGUCAGCUGGGGAAGAAGUUCUGACUCUCAGCUGGGGAAGAAGUUCUGACUGAAAGCUGGGGAAGAAGUUCUGACUCUCAGCUGGGGAAGAAGGGAAGUUCUGACUGUCAGCUGGGGAAGAAGUUCUGACUCUCAGCUGGGUAAGAAGGGAAGUUCUGACUGUCAGCUGGGGAAGAAGUUCUGACUCUCAGCUGGGUAAGAAGGGAAGUUCUGACUGUCAGCUGGGGAAGAAGUUCUGUCAGCUGGGGAAGAAGUUCUGACUGUCAGCUGGGGAAGAAGGGAAGUUCUGACUCUCAGCUGGGGAAGAAGUUCUGACUCUCAGCUGGGGAAUAAGGGAAGUUCUGACUGUCAGCUGGGGAAGAAUGGAAGUUCUGACUGUCAGCUGGGGAAGAAGGGAAGUUCUGACUGUUAGCUGGGGAAGAAGUCCUGACUCUCAGCUGGGGAAGAAGCUCUGACUCUCAGCUGGGGAAGAAGGGAACUUCUGACUCUCAGCUGGGGAAGAAGUUCUGACUCUCAGCUGGGGAAGAAGGGAAGUUCUGACUCUAAGCUGGGGAAGAAGGGAAGUUCUGACUCUCAGCUGGGGAAGAAGGGAAGUUCUGACUGUCAGCUGGGGAAGAAGUUCUGACUCUCAGCUGGGGAAGAAGGGAAGUUCCUACUGUCAGCUGAGGAAGAAGUUCUGACUGUCAGCUGGGGAAGAAAUUCGGACUGUCGGCUGGGGAAGAAGGGAAGUUGAAAAAGGGCGGGACUUGAGCCAGCCAGGCCUGGCCGGAGCAGGAAAUGACAAUGAUUGCGCAAGACAAGCUCUACCACGCGUGACGCCAAUGAAAGGCAAAAGAGUGCGUGCUCACACUCACCUUUGACUUUGGUUAGGACACGCCCACCUUUAACAAUCACACACUUUCACCUUUCUUCACUCUUUGCCAAUCUUCAUCCAAACAUCUUCUGCUUGCAUGGAGGUGGAACAAAAUGUCCUUUUUUUUUUUUAUAAAAAAAUGAUUUUUUUUUUUUAUUGAUUUUUUUAAAAAGAUUUGAUUCGGAUUCGACUCAACUUGAAGAAAAGGGAUGGUCACGUUGUAAUGAAAGUUCCACAAGAGGUGACAGGUGAGAACUAAGCUCUUUUUAAAUGGAUUCUUACAAAUGUCAAACUUUUUUUUUCUGUUAUCGAUUUGUGAAAAUUAAGAUUCGAUUCUUAAACGUUUCCUGAUUCCAUACGGCCUUCACAAUAUUGAGGAUUAUAGUGAAAUUGCAUUGAGAGGGCCUAAAAUGUCUAAAAGAUUCUUGUAAAAAAAAAUGAAGCUAAAAUACAUUUGUUCAAUGUUUUUUUGAAAAUGAUGAAUGUAUUUAGAAUCAAGACGAGCAAGAAUCUCAUUCUGGAUGUGAAACAGUGUUCUUGAGAACUAUUUGAAAUGUGGACAGAACACUUUUACACUUUGCAUCAGUCAGUCCAUCUUAGGUGAGCAAAGUGUUUCUGGGUGUUGUUGAUAAAUUCUUGUGCACCCCUGCGAGCACGCCAAACCAUUCAAUCUUAUUCCCGCUUGAUCAUUUGAUUCAGAAUUCAUUCCCCAUUCAAAGCUACUCUCCCAAUAAUAACAAUAAUAAUUACCAUGAAAUUGCAUUGAAGUGGCCUAAAAAUGGAUUUAAAAAAAAAUUAUUUUUACAAGAAAAUCAUGUUUUUUUUCAAAUAGAUUUUUGAAAAUGACGACCAAAUUUAGAAGUGUGACGAGUAAGAAUGGAAAGGAUUUUUUUUGUGUACCCCGAGUAUGUUCGUAUGUUUGUAUCGCACAACUACAUGUUUGUAUCGCACAACUACAAGUUUGUGUCGCACUACUACGUGUUAGUCGCACUACCUGGAGAAACCUUUUGGAUGACAGAUGAGGACGUUGACCCUUGGAGAUGAGGCAGUGGGGCAAGGACCCUGACGUGUGCAGUUAGCAUGUGCGGUUAGCAUGUGUGUGACGUGCAUCAUGCUGCUAGGCUUCUUCUUCCAUGCAAAACACAGCCCUGCUUAUUCCAGCUGCAGCACCUGGAACAAUCACUACUAAUUGCCAAGAUGUCUGACUUGACAUCCGCAGCUUGGCUGAGCGAGCAAGUCGUGACAAGUGAAGAAAGAGUGUGUAUGUGAAGCUGACCUUCAAAACGUCCAUAACCAAACUGCUUUUAUUACUAAAACUGAUGCAAGUUGUACAAUGUACAGUUCAUAGUUGUAUAUGUUUGGAAUAAAUGUAACUUAAAUACA